AUGGAUGAAAACGGCAGCGUUUCUACAACAAAUAUUGUGAAGACUUUGCUUGAAUUGAAGAAUGGUAUGACAGCACAGGCAAAAGAAAUUGAUGAACUUAAACGUAGCGACCGUAAAAUAGUAGCAUUUAUGGCACAGCUGACUAAACACAUGGUGAAUCCACCACAACACACGGUCGUUGUAUUUGAUUCGGUUUUAACAAAUGUUGGGGGCGCUUACAAAUCGAGUUCUGGAGUUUUCCUUGCACCUGUUAACGGAACAUACACGAUACAUCUUGUUGCAAGUUCAACACCAAAGACAUCAUCUGAAUAUCUUCACUUGUACAUCAUGCACAACAUGCUGAAAGUUGGUUACAUUUUCUUGGACCAAAAUCCUGGCCGUGCGUUAAUACGAUCCACGUCUAUUGUCAUACAACUGCGUGCCGGGGACACAUUGUUUGUUAAAAUUGGAAAUCCAAACCCGAGAGGAACGCUCUACGGUUCUAACUUUCAUACAGUCUUCAGUGGUUUUCUGAUCAAUUGA